AUGAUACUAAUCAAUAUUAAGUUAUGCAAAUUCAAUAUAAAUUAAUACUUAUUAAAUGUAACCAAAUCCAUCUCUCAUAUAAGGAAAAACUUGUUUGAGAAGUCAUAAAUGGGGACAACAAAACAUCUGAAAGGAAUGGAAUAUUCAAGGGUUUAAGACAUAGGGUAGUUAAUGGGAGUUUCCUUAUUAAUUACAGCUCUAUCAUUUAAAGAUUACAUCAUUAAUGUAGUGGUUCUAAUAAAUUGA